UCUGCCAAUGCCGUAUAUCUCCCACCGUACUGAUAACAAUGCAAAUAUGAAGUUAUAAAACUACUUUAGUAACCAUGGCGCUGUUGAGAGGCCUAUUGUUUUGUUUUUUUGUUGCUGUGGGGACAUAUGGAAGGCCUGUUGCUAACCCAUCUCCUAAUCCCGAAAGCAACCUUCCCUCACUGUUGAAAAUCUCAAGUGAGGAGGAACUCGGACUCUACUCAAAGAAAUGGCGCAUGACACCAGUACAGAUGUGCACACUGAUGGGACAUCAGAUGACCGUCGUGCAGCCUAUGCUGGACAUCAAGCACCCCUUAGUUAGCCAUCUGCCUUCGAUAAGCGAGAUGGCGAUGAGUGACGCUGUCAUGAUCUGCGAGAAGGUACUGAAUGAUGCCAAAGGUCGAGUGGCCACUGUUACCACCGUGGUGGAGGAGACUCGCCAGCAACUCAGUGUCCCACAGGACUUUUUGUUCGACGAUUUCGUGGAUUUCGCUGAAGACCUUAUGGAAUCCGUAGGCUUCUCAGAGGACGAGAUGAAAAGCGCAAUGGAAGACAACAAGGAAGCCCUGAUGGAGAUUCUAGAGGCACAGGAAGAAGAAGAAGAGCUAUACAGAACGUUGGCUUAUGAACACGAAAAGGAAGAAAACGAUCACCUAACUACGUUGAAUCAUGGAGAAGAUAAGGAAGAAGAGUUACACCCAACUAAAUUGCCUCACGAAGUAAAAACAGGAAGAAGAGAUGGAUCUAACUACGAUGCCUCACGAAGAAGAAAAGGAAGAAGAGGUGUGCCCAACCACAUUGCCUGAUGCAGAAGUAAAGGAAGAAGAGAUUCAACCAACUAUGUUGCCUCAUGAAGAAGAGAUGACCCCAAAUACGUUGACUGAUGUAGAAGAAAAUGAUGAAGAGAUGAAACAAACUACGUUGGCUCAUGGUGAAGAAAGGUACGAAGAGAAAACCUCAACUUCGUCUACUGAUGAAGAAGAAAUGGAAGAUGUGGAAGAAAAGCCAACAAUCGCAAAGUUAUUUAAGAGAAUUCACACUACGUAAUCUGUCUUCUCAUAAAUAAACCAUCCUUUAUCCAUUAAACCUAUUUAGAUCCCUUAUGUUAUCCCUACUCAGGAACACAACUAAAAAAAGAAGCAUUAGAUAGUACUUUUUCGUGAAGACAAGAUAUUAAUGUGAUAACCAUACAAAACCUGAAAAUGUAAAAUCCUAAUUUCUGUAGUCCCUAAACUAUUCUGAAGUUGCACUAGUUCUAUUUACAUGAUGUAUUGGCUUUAUGUUACUAUUAUUGUACGCAUACAAUCAGAGACGUGUAUUUAAUAAAAUAACUUAUUAUAAAUACCAAA